UUCCCCUCCUCCCUCGAUCAAUCCUCCCCUCUCCUCCUCCUCCUCCUCGUCUCGCUCCGAAACCCUAAUCUCAAUCCCAUCCCGCUUCUUCUCCCUCUCUUCGAAACCCUAGUCCUUCCUCUUCUCCUCCUCCUCGUCGGGCAGUCGAUCGAUGGGGAACACGGAGAAGCUGAUGAACCAGAUCAUGGAGCUCAAGUUCACCUCGAAGAGCCUGCAGCGCCAGGCCCACAAGUGCGAGAAGGAGGAGAAGGCGGAGAAGCUCAAGGUGAAGAAGGCGAUGGAGAAGGGCAACGUGGACGGCGCCCGCAUCUACGCCGAGAACGCGAUCCGCAAGCGCACCGAGCACAUGAACUACCUCCGCCUCGCCUCGCGCCUCGACGCCGUCGUCGCGCGCCUCGACACCCAGGCCAAGAUGCAGGCCAUCGGCGGGUCCAUGGGCUCCAUCGUCAAGUCCCUCGACGCCGCCCUCGCCUCCGGAAACCUCCAGAAGAUGUCCCACACCAUGGACCAGUUCGAGCGCCAGUUCGUCAACAUGGAGGUGCAGGCCGAGUUCAUGGAGGGGGCCAUGGCCGGCUCCACCAGCUUGUCCACCCCCGAGGGCGAGGUCAACAGCCUCAUGCAGCAGGUCGCCGACGACUACGGCCUCGAGGUCUCCGUCGGCCUCCCGCAGGCCGCCGCCCACGCCGUCCCCGCCAAGGAGGCCGAGAAGGUCGACGAGGACGACCUCGCCCGCCGCCUCGCCAAGCUCAGGAGCGACGGAUAGGGCUAUCAAUGAAGUAUACCUAUAGGUAAAUGAAUUCUCACCAAAUCCGACCUCGAAUCGUGGGACUUUUUUUUUUCUCCUUUAUGUGCAAAUUAAUACGGCGAUCACAUUAUCAUGCUUGUGAAAAAUAAUAAUUAGAAUAAGAGAGCAUAAUGUACAUGGUAGCUCAAGGUUGGAAAUCAGAAAUUCAGUUGCUUUGUUCAGUUGCAUAGGGAGAUCAUAAUAAUCCAUUACUUUGUUCUGUUGUCCUCGCCUCAUGGUGUCCCCUAAUGAGAAAAGGAAAAAAGAGGAGGCUGGCACUUACAUGAUUAAAGAGGGUUUUCUUUAGUUUUUUUUUCUACUUCUUAACAAAUGAAAUUGAAUAGGUUGUUUCCCUUUCAACAAGUAAAUACUUUAUUAAGAGUAAUUGGAAAAGAACACCAUUAAGUUGUCAUGACACUCCCCGCACCAGAAACAGAUAUGAAUAGAUGGAUAUUAUGUCUUGUCUGCAUCUGAGUUGAAAGUCUUGGAUUUUUUCGCAACUAAAGUUCGCGACCAAAAUUUCGAUGAAAGACAGCUGUUGUAACUGAAGUUCGCUACCAAAAUUUCGAUGAAAGACAGCUGUUGUAUGGUUUUUCGAUCAUUGACAAUUUAAGAGCUUUUAAUAAACAUAGUAAUGUUUUUUUUAUCUACAUUCUAAUUUUCU